CGGGAUCCUCCUCCCAGCUCGCCCCCGAAAACUCAGACGCAACGCGGCCCGGAGCGCUUUGUGUCCUCGCCGUUCGGACGGAAGAGGAGCUGCCACUGGAUCCGGAAGCGGAGCAAAAGCAUGGGAAAGGCGGGGAGUAAAGUCCCGAGAGAGGUCCCGGUGGACGGGGUUCAAGCCCAGCCCACUCCUUCUGAGGCCGCUCCCGCUGCCGUCACAUUCGAAGGACUCACCAAACCCAACAAGAUGAAGGUGAAAUGGACCCAGCUGGGUCUGGUGUUCUUCCUCGUUUUGUCACUGGUUAUGACCGGAUGCUUCUUCUGGCAAUAUCAGCUGCCCAAGCUUUUGCCAGAUGAAGGGAUGCGUCGAAAUGCCAACUCAGAGAUGAUGUGUCCUCGCCACCCCGAGCCGCUGCCACUGGAGCAUCCCAUCCCCGGUCUGAAAGAGGCCCUGGAGAAGGUGGACUUUGUGCUUCGGCAGAGCGUCAAUCCCAUCAGCCUCCCCGCGCUGUCGGCCAUCGUCAUCCUCAACGACACGGUUUUGUGGACCGGCAACUUUGGAAAGAGGAACGGCAGCGACCCCCUGUCGGGACCCCCGAACGAGUACACGAUUUACCGAAUUGCAAGCCUUUCAAAAAUCUUCCCGACCUUGAUGCUGUACAAACUUUGGGAGGAUGGAAAGAUUGGCUCCCUGGACGACCCUCUGGAGAAAUAUCUGGAGAACUUCACCAUUAAAAACCCUCUGGGGAAGACCCGGGACUCGGAGCUGAAGUACGUGACGGAUGGCCUGAUAUUCCUGGACAGCGGCGAGGUGCAGGUCCGCUCGUCCUCCGUCACGCUGCGCAGGAUGGCCAGCCAGCUCUCAGGCCUGCCCAGGAGGCUCCGCGCUACGAGCCUGCUCUGGAAAGGAAAAACACAAACGGCAAUCAAUCUGCUGCAAGACGACGUCCUGGUCGCAGACCCCGGUACAAAAUGUCACUACAGCAACCUGGCCUUCUCGCUGCUGGCCCACGUGAUGGCCGAGCGGGUGGCCGCCGUCGACUACCAGCGGUGGAUCGCAGACAACAUCCUGGACCGGCUGGGCAUGGAGGACACCGGCUUCGACGUCACGCCGGGGCUCCAGGGCCAGGUGGCCGUCGGCGUGUACUCCAACGGGAAGCCGGCCCCGCUCUACGACCUGGGCUGGUACCGGCCUUCGGGUCAGAUGUUCUCCACGGCGGCGGACCUGGCCAAGCUCGCCAUGGUGCUGCUGGGCGCCUACCACCGCAAGAUGCUGGACCCGGACUCGUUGAAGAUCAUGCUGACCCCGCUCUUCAGGUGCGACAAGGACUACUUCGCCAACCGCACGGGGACGCCGUGGGAGGUGAACGAGCUCAUGGGCUACGAGAUGGUGCGGAAGGACGGCGACCUGGACGGCUACUCCGCCACCUUCUCCCUCGUUCCCAGGAUGAAGCUGGGCCUCGUGGUGCUCAUGGCCGGCAGCCGGCCCCAGGGCCAGGACGUGGUCGCCAAGGCCUACAACCACAUCAUACCAGCGAUUGAAAAAGCCUUCCGGGAGGGCAACAAGGUCCUCUUCCCUCCACCCAACCCGGAACCUUACAUUGGCUUUUUCACCUACAGCAACAUCACCUUCUACGAGAUAAAAGUCGGGUCCGACGGGGUUCUGAUCAUGCAACAGUUUGGGCCUCAGAUUGAGGAGCUUAUACCGGAGAAGUACAGGACAAUUAAACUCAACUACCUGGUUGACCGGGUGUUCCGAGUGGUUUUUGAAAAAGAGUACCCGUGUGUUUUACGCGUGGGGACGGCCUCGGUGUCCCUGGAGGCGCAAGAUGGCCAGUUGUUUAAUUUCUACGCGUUCGACAAGCGCGGUUUGUCCCCCGGCUUCGACACGCCGGGACUGAACACGUACAACGUGGUCAGAAUCGCCCGCAAGCCGACCUUCUCCAGCUGAGCCGCGGCUCCCGGGGUCAACUGGUGUCAGCUUUGAAAAUGACCUGGUUGAAUAUUCAAAGGCCACGUGAUGAAGUCGGGGUCAUUCAUGCAAUCAAAGAUUGGUUGAGGAUUGUGCUCUUAAUUUAACGGAGAGCAUAGAGAGGGACAGUAAUAUUUAAAAUGUCUUGCACAGAUGAAUGAAUAACUUACUCUCUCUGCUAAAUGAUGAUUGUUCUCGAUUGUUCGCCUCCCAACUUAACCUUCACAUUAUGGUGAUACGGUGUGAUUUAAUUAAACUGAUGUUACAUUGUCUUGGUCUCUUCUGUCCUUGAGUUCCAUGAAAGAACAAAUGCUGUUCGGGGUUUGUUUACUGUUGUUGGACCGUGAUUGGACUUCC